UAUUUGCAGAUCUCUUGACAAUUAGUCUGUUUUUUCUUCAAUUUUAGGUUGAAAUGACUGAAGAUAACGCUAACGCCGUUGAGUCGGCUACUACAUCAGAGAGUUUUCAAAAGGCUCUUGACUUUAUCAAUUCAGAUAACGAGACAGAGUUUUUUUCUCUCAUCCGGGUCGGAAAUGUGAACUUGAAAGAGGUAGAUUCCCACGGAACCUCUAUACUUCAACAUGCAGCUUUUAGAAAUCGCUCUAAUAUGGUGAACUACCUCAUUAAAAGCGGCUGUGAUGUAAACGACACAAAGCAUGAACACAAAUACACGGCGCUUCAUUUUGCGGCGCUGUCGGGUAACAUUGAAACGGUCUCGGCAUUAUUAGACGCGGGCGCGAAAAAAGACGAAGAGAAUUCGGUGAAAAGAACAGCAGCCGAAAUGGCAGCUUUUACUGGUCAAAGUCACAUCGCUAGCUUCAUAAACUCCUAUUUUUUACCAACUAUUUUCUUACAUUAUACCGAUCCCUCAGUUGGAACCUCGCUUCAGUGCGACAAAGAAUUAGCUCUUGAAUUGCAUAAAUUAGCGACAAGUUACAAUAUACAUCCAGUAAGGCUGGCAAUGGUUUUGAAAACGCAUAUUAAAAUCUUGGAAAAGAUAGCAGUCAGCAUUGCCAUUUUGGAAUGCGAGCGAGAUAAGCAGUUCAAAAAAGAAAAUAACGAGAUUUUGUCCCUUAAACUUCACUUUAUUGCUUGUCUACUGAAAAAAGUUGACGAGGCUUAUAAAUUGACGGCACAACCGCAAGAAGAAAAGGAAAAAAUUGAAUAUGAAAAAUGGAAAGCGAGUUGUGAUUACGUCAUAAAGUGGCUUUGGAAAGCGGAGAAAAAAGGGGCGACCGAAGAUAACAGGGACCGAUUUGUAAAAUCAGGACUGAAAAGUUAUCCUUUUGCCCAGAACACAGCCCUUCAACAGUCCGUGAAAACAAUUGCGAGCGCUGAACCAGGAAAAGAAACUGCGGAACCGAUAGCGGUGUAUAUGCAAAUUCUUACGGGAUCUCACGCCGCUACAUUUAUGCACGACUCUCAUUGUGUAACAUGUACUGAAAAAUUACGCAAUCAUUUGAGGUGUAGUAGAUGUAAAGAGGUUCAAUAUUGUGAUAAGAAAUGCCAAGCGAUUCAUUGGUCGACCCAUAAGCCCCAUUGCAAGUCUACGUAGCAAAGUCUAGACAGUUACAGCCCGAAAAGAACUACAGCCCGAAAAGUCAUGAACUCUUCUUUUCUUUGUAGUUUUUAUUGUCUAUUUGAAAAAAAAAAUCUUUAACCGCAA